CUAUGGCAACAUUACCUAAAAAUUCAAAAUGGCAGGAACGAGCAGCAAUAAUGUUUCUGUUUGUGAAAUAAUAAAUCAUAGUGACGUGGUGUAACGGAAAUAAAGUGAUUUUGGACUGAAUAUUUCGACUAGCACUUAUUGAGUAUUGGAUUUUGUUGAGGACGUAAUUAUUUUCAUCACAAGAUGUCGAAGAUAGAGCGAAGUGGAGGAGAAAGACGUGGAAGACUGACAGCACCGUCAUAUCAAACUAACAGCCAAGGACAGAGAGAGAGCCGUUCAACGUGUGGCGGAAGCGGCGGCUCGGAGGGCUCGGAGGGGCGUGCGUCUUGGCGCGUCACGCUGGACCACGACCUCGUGGAGACCCUCAGCGCCAUAUACCCCGAGUGGUUCAAACCACAGCACCGCCGGGAGCGCAGCCGCGCGGCCUCGCCCGUCUCGCCUGCAUCACCGCCGCGCACUCCCGCCACACCGCCCUCAGACGACACCUUCAGUAGUUCUGGUGCGGAGGAGAUGGCUGGGCGGCAGGCGAGCUGCAGCGGCGCUAGCGAGCCGCCGAGCUCGCCGCGCGUGUCCCCGCCCAAAGUGGUCGUCGACGACAGCCCUCUGCAACCAGCCAUGGGAAAACAUAAAGAAUCUUUAAAAGUGAAGCUGAUGAUGAGGCGGCCAAUCAACCAGCUUGUGGCUCAAGGAAUCAUGCCGCCUUUAAAAACACCACCAGCGUAUUUCGAGCAAUGCAAGCAAUUAGAGAGAGCGAAAACUGGAGACUUAUUAAAAGCAAAAAUACAGCGGCGUCCGGACCGACAGGAACUCGAACGAAGACACAUAUUGGAACAAGAGAGCCAUGUCGAUCCUAGUCUAGCCGAAAAACAACGCAUGCUAAAAAAGGCACGUUUAGCGGAUCAGCUCAACGACCAACUGUCACAUCGACCUGGUCCACUCGAGUUAAUAAAGAAAAACAUACUACACACAGAAGAGACUAUCGAAACCGCUGUAAAGAGUGGCACUCUCGCGUUCAAAGCGACCAGUGAAGGUGCAUCGGGUCGACCUCAGCAUCCGUCUUCGUAUUGCGGGCCGCCCGAGGAAGUAUCUCCUUCACCAUCACCGCCGUCUACACUCUCUCCCGUGAGCGUAGCCUCGCCGCCCCAGCACCCGGCUCCCGGCAAAGACAAGAAUAGGAAGAAGAGUAAACAAAAGCAACAACCUAAAGCGAGGUUUAAGUUUCACGAAUACAAAGGGCCUCCGAAUGCAGCAAAAGCGUCGUCGCCCCCGGGCUCCGUGGAGACUCCGUACGAGCUGCUGCUGCAGCAGCAACAGUUGCUGCUGCAGCUCAUGCUGCCCGCCUCGCCCGCGCCCUCCUCCGCCGCCUCUGUCGCCUCCGACUCCUCCGACGCCUACCCCGCUCCUCCGCCGCCGCCGCCCCUGCCUGUGCCCGCCGGUGUCACGCUCGUUGCGCCCGCUCGCUUCGAAGACAUGAAAGUGUCGGACUUGCGCGCCGAGUGCAAACGACGUAACCUUCGGGUAUCGGGGCCCAAACCGCAACUCAUCGACCGACUGCGGCCAUUCCUACUCGAGAAACAAGAAGAACCGCCGAAGUCGCCGGCGUCGGUGGCCUCUUUCGUCUCGAUCGCAUCCCCGGAAGUGAAAUUGGAGCCCGAGCCUCCAGAAGACAUCGUCCAGUCGCAGCGGCGGCAGAUAGAGGAGCUGGAGAGGAAACUGGAAGCGUCGCGGCAGCAGCUGGAGGCGGUGCGGCGCGAGGCGGCGGGCGCGGCCGCCAGCGACCAGAGCCGGCGCCUGCUGCAGGCCCAUCUCUGCGUGUCGCAGCUGCGCGCGCAGCUCGACGCGCUGACGCAGCCCGCCGCGCCCGCGCCCGCGCCCCGCCUCGUGCUGGCCGCCUCCGACGCCGCGCCCGACCGCCUCGUACGCCUCUUCACCGUCACGCCGCCCGGCCCGCCGGCCGACGCCUCGCACGACUCCACCCCGCAGAAGCCCGCUAACCCGGCUUACAUACUUAAUGGCGUGAAGGUGGUGCCUAUCGCGAUCCUGCCCACUCACUACGAACCCGAACGAGCGGCCCCGCCCCCUCCUCCGCCACCGCCGCCCCCACCGCCUCCGAUGCCACAGGUUCCCCUAGGAGCUGACGUGCACGACGCUGAAAAUAGUCAAAUCAUGGACGACGUACUCGAGAUCCUCGUAGAAAAUGGCGAGCUACCACCUUCUGCCGUUGUUGAUGCGACAGUCGCUCCGUCCUUAGAUACGACCUACGUUUCUAAUGGCACAAACAGUUUUGCUCCAACGGAUGUCUUGACAGAUGAUGUACUCAAUGAUAAUCAUGUUCGAGAUUCACUCGCUGCAGACGAGCUACAAAGAGAACUUGAUGAUAUUCAAAAUGAAAUUAUGAAUCAUGCGGACUUGCAAGCGGUAAACGCAAACAAUCGGUGUCAAGUUGAUCCUUCAACGUCAGAUAUCGACACUGAUAUCACGGUUGACUUGUUGUCCAAUGGGGAAUUCCACACAGACUUUGGUUCCGAUCCCAAUUCAGUCGAUAACGAUGAUUUCUUCGGUAGUCUACUGUCUGGUGACGGCGGAGACCGAUUAGAAGAAAAAUCACAGGCGAUGGAUAUCGGCGAGGAUGUACCAGAUAGAAUGACUCCCCUUACAAACGGAGACAUACUAGAUCACACGCGAACUGGGUUUGAAUACAUGGAUGAUCUAUCGCUGCCGUCGUUCCAGAACGAGGAGUCCCGGCACGACACGUUCGACGAGCGGCCUUGCGAAAUCGACCUGAAGGAGUUCGGGAUCGACACGGGCUCGCACAUGCACGUAGACGGCGACGCGUACGAGUACAUGGACACGGAGCUGAUCCCCAACCUGUUCGGGCGCGGCCACGUGGCGCAAUGCGACCCUCUGCUGGGCGGCGUAGGCCCGGGCCCGCUGGCGCCGCGCCCCGCGCGCAAGCUCUACUCGUGGGACUGCAUCGAGUACGACGCCACCUGACCCGCGCGCCGAGCUUUCGUCUCGGGCUGUCGCUCUCUAAAGAUGCUUACCCUAUGAUCUCUCGCCGCCUCCUGUCGCCGUGGCUUUCGUUUUCUCGCGAAUGACUGACAUUAGAGUGACCUCCGUCUACUGAAGGACGCUGUGCUGGUGCAAUGUGAACGUAUAAUAUUUUACUUACUUGCGAUCGGUCGCUACGGAGUGGCGACGGUCGAAGCGCUAGUCUACUCUCGUGACUCGUUCUUCCAUAAUUAUGAUGACUUUUAUCGAAGACUAGACUUAAGAGAUUGAUGUUGUGAAACACAAAGUGUUUACAUUUAUAUAGAAGUGUAUGAUUUACUUUAGUUUAUGUACUUAAUGCUGUACGUAACGUUUGUAUCGCUAGUUGAUAAUAGUUGAAUGUUUCAUUUACUUCACUAGUGAGUGAUCGCGCGUCGCCGCCGCGUGCGCAGACAUACUUGGCUCACAUAAUAUAUUAAGUCCGUUUUAUUUACUAUUUAUAGGCAUAAUUAUUAUUAUCUACUUAUGUAUAUAUUGAGAAUAAUAAUACUCAACAUAGUUGUGGAUUUCUGCAUUCCGCCCGAUGACUAAAACUUAGGGAAAAAUUAUCAUAAGAAAAGUUGUUUUUGUUUAGGCACAAUCAAUCAAUGAGUCACCUGGUCACGUACACAUUGUGUUAAUUAUAAUUAUACGAUAUAAAAGCUUAAGAUUGAUGUUGUGUCAAUUAUUAAAAUCCGCUUGAGGCUGUCCCUAGCGCAUGGAUAGCUAUUUCCCGAAUCAAUAAGUGACAUUCCAGUCUUGUUGAAGUGCAAAAUGUGGCACAAGAUCGCUUGUUUCUCGCGUUACGGUUAUUUGAUUGAUCAAAUUUGACAAAAUUAUAAUUCACGUUUAUGUUUAGCGGACAUUUCAAAUUUAGGAAAGUAUUGAGAACAAGACGCACCUUCACAAGCCAUCGUCAUGGGUGGGACCAGCUUGGGAACAAUGUUAGAUAUGAAUUCAUUUAGAUAACUUAGGGAGCCAGCUCCUCGCAGCAGAACAACUAUGCAAGCACUUCGGAAUCACUUGUUAAUUGUACACUUCACUGUUAUAGACUUGACUAACGUCUCGCAAAAGUAUCGUAAUUGUUUGAGUUUACCUAGUUGAUUAUUUUAAUUAUUGUACAACAACAUUCUUAAAAAAAUGUAUCAUUCCAUUAUAAUGUCUAAAAUGUAGGAUAGGUGCGCCGUUAUCAAUAAGUUGUCGUUUGUACUCGAUUACGCGAUCUUUACCUGGAUAUGGUGAUAAUUAGUAAUUAUUAUCUUAGAGAUCCUCAAACGACUGGACCAAUUUGUUUAGAGGCUUCAAACUGCCCUUAUAACGAGAUAGCUAAUGAAAUUUGAAGUGCAUACUUCUUUAGGAUGCCAUUUCAUAGAAUGGCAUCUUUUGCGUAGUCUGGGUUUAGUUAUGUAUUUGAAUAUUAGCUUGUUAUUUAUUGCCCUUAGUUCCAUGCAACUUAAAUCUUAUAAGUAAUAUACAAAACAGUAACGGAUUGCUUGCAUACUUGUUUGAAUGCAUAUUUAUAAUUUAUUUAUUUUUGAAGUCAUUCAAGUGUACUUACAGUUUUUGGUUCUGUUGUAUUCAUUACUAUGUGUGAGUGUUUUUUUACUAAUGUAUUUUGUAUAAUAUCACGUGUUGUUUAGCGUUUACCUUUGCUUCAUCGGAGAAGGAUUAGAUAAAGCAGAAAUUGAAAAUCGAAAAUAUAUUGCCAUUUUUUGCAUUUACAAUUUAUUUAGUUUUUGAAUACUUGUUACUACAACGAAUAUGGAUAACUGCCCUGUGUGUGCAAACGUUCAAAUAUCAGGCUACAUUAUUUAUUAUCUAUGAUGCAGUUUUAAGCAAGGAGGCGUCGAAAUGGUUAUUGAUUGAAUAACAUCUAAUGUAUGGGUUGCAGAUGUUGAGACGGGUGUGCAUUUGUACUUUAAUCAAUAUAUAACUUAUGAUAAAUUUAAAGUACAUUUGCACAUGGAAUGGUGCUAUUAAAAUUUAACAUUGAAUUUAUAUAAAAGAAGAUUUAACUUUGUAUAAUUUGUAUAUUGGAUUGUAUAUGUGUGGCUCUAAUGUUAAUGUAAACAUGAUUAACAAUUAAAAAUCAAUGUCACUAGUUUCGGACUUGUAAAGUUUUCGAAAAUACGGAGCCAGCGAGAGGCUGCGUUCAAAAUUAAAACAGGGCUCGCAAAUUGUAAUUUGCUUUAUUAUUUAAGUAAUAUUCCAUUAUCUAAGUGAAUUAUACGGAAUCUUUACACUAGAUUUAAAUAUAUAAAAUCUAUUUGCUCAUUAUCAAAAUUGUACCCAUGUUAGUCAAAUAUAUUCAAAUCAUAAAGGGAGUGAAUGUUCAUAUCACAUCCCGAAUAAUAUUAACAGGCCUAGUGUGUUAAUUAGCUUUGUAUUUACUCUUGUGCAAGAGUAUAGUUUAAAUGUAUUUAACGAGAUACUAAGUGAGAUUAAUGUUUGAUAAAUAGCAUAUUAUCUGCAUACUUGUUAUUAUUGUUGUAAUUAUUUUAGGAGAGUUUUAAUAUUUGUUUGUAAUCUAAGUUAUAUCCAACCCGACGUUAUACUAUAUUUUUACACAUAAUAUUGUAUUCUUCUACAUUAAUUUGCUCUCUGCUGUAUACUUAUUACACGUUAUAAUCAUUCGGCUUCUAUAACCUUACUAAAUAUUAAGGUUGAAUACAUUUUCAUUGACAAACUGCUGGUAAUAACUGAACCCUUUGAAGCAAUACCCGGCUCAAAGCCAUUGGUUUGUAGUAGAGCCAAGUAUUCAAUAAAUAUUAAGAUGUGAUAACCACUGGAGUCGGAUUUGUAGUGUAACUGGAUAGUUUUUUUACCUUGCCCUGUAAUGAAGCCUUGUAAAUAUUUACUAAGCCUUUAUUAGUAUAAGGAGAGAAUGUUGAAUAAAAAGUUUUUGACAUAAUAA